CGCUCUUCUCUCUUUCUAUCUCUAUCUAUCCAUUACUUUAUUCCUUCCGCUGGGACAAGAUAUCGGCACUCAUACGACGCGUGGACAUUGGUAGCCUGACUCCCUCUUGACAUUGUACGCCGAUUUUGGACUUGUUGCAUAACUGUUGCCACCGAGCCCUCAAGUGAACAAGUCCCGGAGUGUGAUAGGAUCGAUCCUCUAUUUCCGCCGGUCGUAGUCUUAGAUAUGAGCUCUCGUGGAUUAAUUGGGUUGCAUUUUUUGAUGUCGGAUGGACUGGAGAAACCUAAUCCAGAGUUGCGCAAGCUUAUUCGAAGCCAUGUCAUGCUCGGGAAGAAUCAAGGGAAGAAACUCCCCCCUCGGAAACGAAAGACUAAGAUGGUGGAAACGCUGUCAUCUUCAAGCUCCGACCCAGCUCCCCCACCGGCCUCAGACCCCGAUGAGGGCCUUACUGGCUCCGCGACCUCCUCCAUCACGGCCACCCACCCCAAACCUGUCCUCCCGCUCACCAUUCCCCGCAAACUUGGGUCGGGUAUGUCCACAAUCAGUUUUGCUGAUGCUCUAGAACCUGGGACAAUCGAAGUCGUUCUGCAGUUGUCCUCCAUUGCCAAACAGAUGCUGUUUCCUCUAGAGAGGUGCAUGUUUUUCGACAGAAGAGCAGAGAAUUGGAUAGCACCUCUAGCAGUUGAUCCUGCUUACCUUCACGCCAUGAUUUUCGGCGCACAAUUCUAUUUCGACGCACUGCAGUCCGGGGGAUCCGCCUAUAUAAGCCGACGGUCGAUGCCGCACUUUCUCACGACACUUAGGCUUCUUCGCGAGAGGAUUGCGAAUGAUGAUGAACAGGCAAAACUUUCUGAUUCUACGGUGGCUGCUAUCAUGGGUCUCGUCGGCCAUGCACAUUUAACCGGCGAUUUCAAGUCUGCCAGGUAUCACAUGGAAGGUCUCUACAAAAUUGUAUGCUUGAGAGGAGGUGUGACUUCCUUUAGAAAGAACGCAAAGCUUCUGGUCGAAAUACUUAGGUGCGACAUUGGUAUUGCACUUCACGGCGGCUCAAAACCCAUUUUCUUCAACAACCCAUCCCGAGACCCUUUCCUUUCAUACCCGGACUUGGUAUCACUCGUUGAAUUGACGAAGCCUAGAAAAACAGACUCCAAGCAUGAUUCAGCGACGUUUGUUGAGGACAUUGAUCACGAGCUCGCUCAAGCCUGGACAAUCAUUUCCGACUUCUGCUCCGUGAUCAACUUCGCCGUCGAUUCUGAACUGCGCAUCUCCACGGAAACCUUCCUGGACACCAUGGCCUCGGUCGUGUACCGCCUCCUCUAUAUGCAUUUCGAGACUGGGUCUAAAGACGAGGCAAUUCGCCUUGGUCUGGUUGCCUUCUUGUGCAGUGUUUUUCUGCAGUGGAAGCAUUUGGGGAUGUCUUAUCCUCACUUCACUUCAAUGUUCAGAAGUUGCCUUGUGGGGAUCGCGUCUGAACGCGUUACCUCGGAGCUUAUGGUCUGGCUCCUGAUGGUUGGGUCUGUGUCGGUGUUUGAUGAAAGUGAUGAUGGGUGGUUGAAACCUUUGUUGCGCGUCAAUAUUAGCUUGUGUGUGAUUGACGAUUGGAACAAGAUGCAGGAAUUGGCGAAGCGUUUUAUGUGGAUUGGGUUGGUUUAUGACAAGCCUGGGAAGAUGGUAUUUGAGUCUACAAUUGCUUGACUGGGCAGUCCUCCGCAUGAUCGGUUUGCGACGGGCGUUUACUGGUGUCUGGGGAGUCUAAUUGACCUAGGAGUUACAUAGUGAGAUAGUAAUGGUCAAUAUUCCUGCUGUAUCAAGGGGAUAGCGAGAAAUAACAAAAUGCCAUC